AUGCCACGAUCAAAUUUUGCUCUCUUCAAAAAAAAAAAAAGAAGGCAAGCUAGCGUGUCCUAUUAUCGAGACUUCUAGAUCUAGUUUUUCUUCUACAAAGUAAAAGAUGAAGCAAUUGUCAGUAGUCACACACAACUGACAACACAAGGUGGAGAUGGAGAUGGAGAAGGGGGAGAGGCACUUUGUGCUGGUUCAUGGAGCUGGUCAUGGAGCAUGGAGUUGGUACAGAGUGUUAACCUUGCUGAAAUCGGCUGGUCAUAAAGUAACAGCGUUGGACUUAGCUGUCAGUGGGAUUCACCCAAAGCAAGCACAUGAGCUCAGAUCACUAUCAGAUUACCUUGAGCCUUUAAUGGAAUUCAUGGCAUCUCUUCCAGCAGGGGAAAGAGUGAUCCUUGUGGGCCACAGCUUGGGUGGAGCCUUUAACUCUGUUGCCAUGGAAAAGUUCCCUGAGAAAGUUUCUGUUGCAGUGUAUGCCACAGCCCUUAUGCCUGGUCCUGACUUCGAUUUCUCUGCAGUAUAUGAUGAGUUCUUUCGGAGGUUGGAAUCGUUCAUGGACUCACAAUUCACAUUCGAUCAAGGGCCCAACAACCCACCAACCUCAUGGCUAUUUGGGUCCAAUUUCAUGGCAACCAAGUUAUACCAGCUCUCCCCACCUGAGGAUUUGAUGCUUGCCAUGUCUUUGGUGAGACCUUUCCGUCUUUAUGGUGAUGAUGCAUUGUGGUUAAAAGAAGCAGAACUAACCAAGGAGAAAUAUGGUUCUGUUCGUAGAGUUUAUAUUGUGUGUGACCAAGACAAUGUUCUAAAGGAGGAUUUUCAAAGGUGGAUGAUCGAGAAUAAUCCAACAGAUGAAGUGAAGGUGAUAACUGGUUCUGAUCACAUGGUCAUGUUUUCUAAACCGAAGGAGCUGUGCUCAUGUCUCCAAGAGAUUGCGGAUAAAUAUUCUUAAAUUUCUUAUUUAUGACGUUUUUGUGUUGGAAUUUGGAAUGUAUUUUUCACUGUGUAUCUCUGAUAUAAUGCAUUUUUCUAAAAAGACAUAAUAUCAGGGAAAUUACAAAUGCACAAUAACAAAUAAUCCACC